AGUGUUGCGAAGUCGGUCGUGCUAACAAUCCUAGCAUUGUUUUAGAUUAGAAAAAUACACACACUGGGAUUUUAUUUUUUACUUUAAAGGGGCGGUGAUCAUUUCUGUUUUUUUCCUGACUGAUUAAUGAUCUCAUUCAGACCUGAGCCCUGGAAUAUUCUACGCAUGCGCGUUAUCAAAACGUGUUCCUCUGUCAGGGAACUUAUCGGCAAGGGAGAAAUUUUGCAAGUCAUCGUGGGCUAUUCAAGACAAGUGGACUACGACAACAUUAAGCAAAUCUAUGGAAAUAAAAGACUUUUUCAAGAAAGUGACUAUCGUAUGCUGCUAGAGUACCGUCUAGACAUUUCGGGCAGUUUUAUUCCUAAACUCUUUAUGCAUUGAAGAAGCUUUGAUGUAAUAACUGAAAAUCUAAUGGCAUCUGAGCAUCUGACAGGAUAGACAUUGGCCACUGAGGACAAAGGAACCCUCAUUUCCCCUCAUUCUCCCUUUUUGCACCAAGUCAAUGGUUUUGUGAAAACACAAUUUCUGUGAUGGUUUCUCAACAUUUUAUACUUAUUUAUGUCAUGUAAAACACUGACUGCAAGUGUUCCGGUUCGACCCUCGUUGUGUUAGGUUUUUGUUUUUGUUUUGUUUUUUUUAUUUUGUUUCCUUUGCCAAGAAAUGCUUUACUUGAAAAAGUACUUCACAGAGGGUCUGAUUCAGUUCACUAUCCUCCUGAGUCUCAUUGGGGUGCGGGUGGACGUGGACACCUACUUAAACAGUCAGCUGCCCCCGCUCCGUGAAAUCAUCUUGGGGCCAAGCUCAGCCUACACACAGACACAGUUUCACAACCUGCGCAACACCCUGGACGGCUAUGGCAUCCAUCCGAAAAGCGUGGACCUGGACCAUUUCUUUGCCAUUCGUCGGCUGCUGAAUCAGGUGCACUCUCUGGAUCACCUGCGUGUUCCCAGCACUGAGCUGAACGCUUGGCUGGUGCACCGUGACCCUGAGACAGUGGUGUCUGCAGCCAGCCAGUCCAGCCCCAGCAUUGCCCUGGACAAUGGCGGCAGCCUGGAGGACGUGAACAGCCCUGAACCCUCGGCCAUGAGAGGGGCCGGCAGCACUUCUGAGUCAACUUACAGCCUUAGUGGAGAGGACAGUUUGGGUGCUGUGGCCCCUGAGGCCAACCAGGAACAAGGCAACGGAGACAGCGUUGAUGAGCUUUCUAAAGAGGACAUAGACCUUAUAGAUAUCCUCUGGCGACAGGAUAUUGACCUCGGAGCUGGACGGGAAGUGUUUAACUACAGCAACAGGCAGAAGGAUGGUGAGGGAGAUAAACAGAAUGAGGUAAAUGAGGAGGCAGGCGUACGGGAGGAGGACUGGAGAAAUGGAAUCAAUCUGCAGGAGGGUCAGGGCAUCACCCUAGUGGAUGGAGAGACUGGGGAGAGCAUACCUGAGGAGCUUUCUCGCCUUGGCACACAGACUUCGAUGUCCCUUCAGGAAUGCCUGAGGCUUCUGGAGGCCACCUUCCCUUUUGGAGAGGAAUCAGAGUUUCCUCUGGUCAAUUUGAAGUUCCAGGCUACAGAUGCUGCCCCUCAACUUAGAGGCCAGGAAGAAAAUGCUCCUUCAACAUCUCAGGGGCUUUCACUGCCUGCCCCUUUGCCUCAGUCUGAUGCACCUUUAGACCUGGAACAGCAAUGGCAGGACAUAAUGGCAAUCAUGGAACUGCAGGAAAUGGAUGUGAAUAACACCGCAGAAAAUACCAAUCUCAAUAACGAGAAUAACACUCACACUAAUACUAAUGAAUCAGGCACGAUGGCAAGUUUUGGUGUUUCCCAAUCCAGUCUGAUCAACCAGGAUGUGAGUCUCCAUCAGGCGUCUCUCCCAAGCUGCAGCCAGGACCUCCCCAGCCUUUUCAACUCCGAAUUAGAUCCUUCUGUAGGACAGCAGCCUACUCUCCCCAGGCUCUCCUCUAGUAAUUCAACUAACGUUAACUCAACAUUUGGAGUCACAAAUCUUACUGGGCUGUUCCUCCCACCACUCAACAGCACCAACAACUUAACCUCUUCCCCAGUCCUGCCAGAUCCCUUUGUUAGCCUGCUGGAGGAAUCCAUGAUAGAUGAAAUUAGCCUACUAGACCUGGCAAUGGAGGAAGGGUUCAGUCAGGCUCAAGCCUCUCAGCUAGAAGAUGAGCUUGACUCAGACUCUGGAUUGUCUUUGGAUUCUGGUCACAGCCCUGCAUCUCCCAGCAACUCUGAGACGUCUUGUUCCUCAGCUGCAUCCUCCUCCUCCACCUCUGCUACUUUCUCUGAGGAAGGUGCUGUGGGCUACAGCACAGAUUCUGAAGUGGCUACAGCUGAAACGGAGGAGGGAGCCGUUGGAGGCUACCAGCCUGAAUACAGCAAGCUGUGCCGGAUGAGCUAUCAAGAUCCCUCCCAUUUUCAUAACCUGCCUCAGCUGGACAGCAUCAAUCACAACCACACCUACAAUUUGCCGGCGGCCUCCUCGUACCCUGAGCAGCCCCAGCUGCUCGGAUCCUGCAGUAAAAAGUGCAGAGACAAGCACCUACAACAAACCAAGAUUCAUCCACCAAGGGAGUUCAUCGACAAGCAGUCUAGCCGCGAUGAACGUCGGGCCAGAGCCAUGAAAAUACCUUUCUCCAAUGAAAAAAUUGUCAACCUUCCCGUUGAAGAGUUCAACGAACUUCUGUCUAAACACCACCUCAGUGAGGCUCAGCUUUCACUCAUCCGUGAUAUCCGCAGACGUGGCAAAAACAAAAUGGCUGCACAGAACUGCCGCAAACGCAAACUGGACACCAUCAUCAAGCUUGAGCAAGGUGUGCAGGAUCUGCGGCGUGACAAAUCCCGGCUGCUGAAGGAGAAGGUGGAGUGCCUGCGCUGCAUCAGGCAGAUGAAGCAGAAGGUGCAGAUCCUUUAUCAGGAAGUGUUCAGCCAGCUGCGUGAUGAAGAAGGCAGACCAUAUCCUGCUAGUGAGUAUUGCCUGCAGUACAGUGCUGAUGGUAGCGUGCUCAUCACACCAAGAAGCAUGACUCUUGAGCAAAGCCGAAAGCCUGACAAAAAAACGAAGGACAAAAAGAAGUGAUGACUUCACCCCACCAAAAAAAAAUAAUCAUAUGCGGUGGAAGUAAAUGCUGUUUUUUUUCCUUUGAGAAGAUUCUAGCAAGGAAAAGAAAAUUGCACUGUCAGUGUUGUUCCUGCAUUAGGUUUUCUCCUUUUUUCUUUCUUUGGUUCAAAUGUUUUCUCCAGAAAAUAAGAAGCAGAAUUGCUUUUUAAAGUACCGAAUUUCUGUUGUUUUACUUGGAGUAUGGAGUAUGACUGGAAUGGUGAAUUGACUGAAUCUAAGAAGAGCAAAAGAGGCAAACCUGAGAAUAAAUUGAGGAAUUGACCUUCAUUUCCAUCAAGAGCCCAAAAAACAAAAGAAUGGUAAUGCUAGCUGAUUAUCGGCUUGGAAAGGUCAUUAGACUCUUAAGUAUUGGCCUCUGGGGUGUGUGAAUACUCAGCCGGUAGUCUUUUAGUUCAAAGAAGGCGGCCUUACUUUCUGAAGAUGGUGGAGAGCCAGCGGAGGUUGAAAGACACUUGUGGUGAGAAAACAACUGCAAAAGAAAAGCAUACCUUCAGUGACCAAUGGUUGUGCAUUUCUUUUGUUUCCAGUUCCAUCACAGUGGUCACUCGUGUACCUACACCAACGUGACUUAGCAACAAGGAAAUGCCACAUUUCACUUGGGACAGUUACAUAUGAAACCUGACAGGUUUCUCUGGGUAUUAAAUGCCACUUGCCAUGGAAUUAGGAAGAAGGUUGGAUGAAGUAGAGGGGUAAAGAAUGAGUUUGAGGGAAUGCUCGAGGUGGGAAUGAUUUGAGAUGAAAAAUGAAUACAGAGUUAAGGAUGCACACUGCAUUACUAAUAAAUCAGCUUCUGUGCUCUGCUCGAUGCUGUAAAUCAUCUCUGUCGCUUGGCUGUUAGCUCUCAGUCUUUAGCAGUCGUUUCUCUUCUGCAGGCUUUAAAGGUGAGAAUUUCCUCUGUGAACCUUUCCAUAGAUUUCCUCCCAUGUGCAUAAAGUUCUACAUAAACUACAGGCCGUUUUUUUUUUUUUUUUUCCCCCUCCUGAAUUCUGUCAUGACCAUUUUGCUGCUUAAAACCGGACGUCCUAAAAAUGAUCAAAGAAAAUCAGAACAACGACAAAAAAAAAAUGUAAUGAUAAAAAAUACUGUACAGAGAUGUUGUGCUGAAUUUCAGCUCAUCACAUGCUUUUCAGAGUUACUUUCUGGCUUAUUGCCGGACUGCUACGUUGUUUUCAAGCAACAGGGUCAAAGUACAAUUCUCACCCCAAGACAAUUUUUGUUGCAGUAGUUUUCUGUAAUUUAUUAUUAUUAUUUUUUUUAUUAUUAUAAUAAAUUUUUUUAAUGCCCUGGACAAUGAAUAAGAUACUCUGAAAUGUUAAGAAUAUUGGCUUAAUGUUCACAUUAUUAGAACUUAAUUUAGUACCAGUUCCUUUUUUGAUUAACUGAUGUGAAACAGUUGAACAUCACAGUUUUUCUUUAAUGUAUUCGGUUUUUCAUAAUGUAUUUUUCUUGUUUGUUUCCUUUCUCUCUUUUACUUGUUGAACUUCCCCUGUUAAACAGGCGAAUAUCUGAACACUACCAUGCACCUGUUUAGCUAAUAAACACAUCUGGAGAACUGAAAAGCUGCCACCACAGCAGAAACCGAUCGUGCUGAAGUGCAGCAUAAUCACUGAUCUCAAACUAUUCAGGAGACUAGCAUACAUGUGAAAUAUAAUAUCUUUAAAUUGGAGCUUUAGCACUAAUAACAAGCGUUUAAUCUUCACCUCUUCAUAGUUUAUUCACUUCUACCAGUUUCCAUCAUUCACAUCGACUCCAAACACAUACAGAGCCUCGUGUGGAGCUAUUUUCCUGUCAAAAAUAGUUGCAUGUAAAGAUUGCAAUUCUAUCGUAGUUUUAUGAAUUGAAAAUUCAACAAAUUGUUCAUCUGUAAUUGCAGUUAUAACUUUACGUACCAAGACGCACUCAUAUUUAAACUCAAGUCCUAAUUUACAUUGUUACAUGUCUUAUCAAUUUAUCUAGCAUCUUUAACGCAGAUGCUUUUAACAGCUUUUGUACUACUGCAUACAUUUUGAAAGUGCAUUACUCAAUUUUAUUGCGGUAACACUUCGAGAGAGAGAGAGAGAGAGAGAGCUAUGGGGCUGGCCUCAGACAGGCAAACUGACAUUAAAAGUUAUCAAGAGUUCGACAUAGGUCUUGAAUAAUAGCUGCAGUGGCUCGGAAUGGCUGGGCUGCUGGUUUUCAUUCCAGCCUAAUACGAGCUACACUCAAUAGUCAUUAGAAAUCCGAGAUCACUUAAACUAAGCGUGUUAGUUAUAAGUGGCAUUAAAAACAGCCCCAGCAGCUCUUUGCAGAUAAUAUUGAAGUCCGCCGGCUUUCAAAUAACGUUCUUAAAGAUGCGGCUUCAAACCUUCCAAACUAUGCACGUAAAGCAGUAUUGCUUAAACCCAAGAGGUAUUCAGUAUGAAGUGAAUGUUCGAAAAAAGUAUUUAAAAACAACCAUAAGAAGCAUACAUUAAGAAUUUGUUCCAAGAUGACUGAAUUUGCAAUUCAUAAAAAUGUCGAUUUGUCAGGAAAUGCACUCUGUACGCCAUGCACUCUGUCUGGUUAUUGCCGUAUGCAAGGAGUAAAAGUAACCAUUACUUUGACAAGAGAAGUUUUACCAUAUUUAAUAACUAUGGAGUAGAUAAAGUUAAUUAUUUAAACAACAACAAAAAAAAAGAUCAGGCAUGGAAAUUGUGCUUAAAAUACUUUAAGUUCCUGGUCUUAUGCUGUCACUGUUUGUCAUGCACUGAUUAUUUUGUGUCUUGUUUGUUUUGUAAAUAUGUUUGUGUCGUUUGUUUUGAUUUAAAGAUAUUUCGGCCCUCUGUAUUUUACCAGGCCUACUGACUCUUGUUUUGAUUUUGUUUCACUUUGUGUUUAUUUUGAAAGAUUUGCUGGCAAUCUGGAAUUUGUUCUGUUUUUGGGUAAUAAACCUUUUUUUUCUUUCUUUCA